CAUCUGUAGGGCCAUUUCCAAAAUUGAUGGGCUUGGAAUGGGGAGCUGGUUGUUGAGAAAAUUGGGCGAAUGUUUUCCUUUGUCCUUAGUUCUUACUAUGUCGAUUUUUUUUGUAUCAUAUUUUUGUGUUGUUGUUGAGGAUAAAAUGCACGUGAUGGCAUAACCUCUCUUUUCAGAUAACAUUAUUUCACGGAACAGAAUUUGCCCCUCCAAAUACUUUAUCUUCAACCUCUCACUCACUCACUCACUACAUUUCUACAGCUUUUUCAGUAGAAACCAACUCAUAAAUCGAGAAAGAUGUCGGGAGGGAUUGGUCCAAUCAAUGACAUAACUCUCGCUAGACCCCACGAUCCAGAUGUAAGCAACUCCGCCCUAAAGACCACCAAAACCCCACCGCCUACACGCCGUCGUUCUUUGUCUCCCCUGCAUAUCAUCACUCUUUUGGUGGCGAUAGUUCUCUCCGGUAGCGGCAUGGUAAGCGCCGAGGAUGGUGCUUUCGUCCUCUUCUCCAUAAUAUACACGUACUUCAUGUCAAAAGUCGUAUUUCCACCUACUUCCCCACGCUCCAAGCCCCCAUUUGGCGAGAAGAACAGGAUUCUGGGCCUCUACGCCUUGGUUGCGGGGGUGAUCGGCUUGUUUCUCCCAAUAGCAUAUAUCUUAGAAGGCAUUUUCGAGGGAGAUAAAGAGGGGAUGAAAGCCGCCGCACCCCAUCUUUUCCUAGUAUGUAGCCAAGUUUUCAUGGAAGGUGUCACUUUUUCUGCCAAUGUAUCGAUGCCGGUUUUUGCUUUCGUGCCGAUUUUCAACAAUUCGAAGAGGAUUUUCACCAUUGUGGAGUGGCUGAGGAGUGAGUUCUCAAGAGGGGAUGAGUAUGGAGGGAGCGCGGGUAGAUUGUACGCCGGGAGAGCUCUUGCAGCUGCUAAUAUGGCGUUUUGGUCCUUCAAUUUGUUUGGGUUUUUGUUGCCUGUUUUUCUACCCAAAGCUUUCAAGAUUUAUUACUACAACAGAGAUUGAGAACUUGUGUUCUUGUGACCUUUGUAUCUUGGGGUAUGUUAAUCUUUAUGGAUAUUUGCCCAUAAACUGCGAAGAGAGUUUUGUCCGAUUUCUUGAUUAUCAAAGUUUUACCUUAAAAGUUA